UACAAAUGGCGGACGUUGUAAACAGAGCAGGCAGCUUUUCGGAAGGCCACAGUGAAAGAUGACUUUUAGGAUGAAUAACGUCGAGUGUGAGCGGUUAGAUAGUCUGGAGGGCUGGGUGACAGUGAAAAGUAACAUAUUUGAAGAAACGGAGACAUUUAAGCUCGGCUUUAUCGUCCAAUGGAACAUCAUCGAGUGUAAGUUUGCUGUCACCUGCCACAACCGGACGCUGCAACGUCAGAAACGAAAAGCGGAGGUUUCCGCUGGUGACCCACAGAUGAGCUGGGCUGGACUCUUCUCCGUCAGCGACCUCAAACAUAUCCAUCAACAUUUCACAUGCGUGGCAGAUACUUUGGCGGUCUGCUUCCCGGAUUUGUCCGAGUUUGAAGAGGGCAGCAUUUGGGACUUGCUCUUCCUGACUCGGAGGUCGGGACCCGAAGACGACGACGAGAGGUUAUUUGACGCGACGUGCAGGAGGCUCGAGAAAUAUUUCAGCACAGCCAUUGACAUAUGCGGGCGAAAAAUUGUCCUCGAUACGUUGUUCACGCAGGACGAGCGGGAUGUGGAGGAGUACUUUGAAAAUCUGCAAGAGUUCAAGAGAAAGACCAUGCAGGUGGAGAUGGCACGGGCCAAAGCUCACCUGCGACAGCUGCUGCAGAGUCAUGGAAACACAGAUGGGAUGGUUGCGCUCCUCAGCAUCUAUGACGACGAGGACGAGGCCUACCAGGACCUGGUCACUGUGGCCACCACCUUCUUCCAGUAUCUGCUACAGCCUUUCAGGGACAUGAGAGAGCUGGCCUGUCUCUACAAGAUGGAGAUCCUUAAGUCUUUGGAGUUUGAGGACUUGGGUCCUAAGAGAAUUUCCGCUCUGGAGAAGGAGGCGGAGGAGUGGAAAAACAAAGCCAAAGAUGCAGUCGCCUCAAUUCAGGACAUCACUGUCACCUACUUUGCACAGACUUCAAAGGCUCUGGCUGGUAUGUCAAAGCAGAUGGAGGAGGAUAAAUGUCGCUUUGGAGCUGCUGCCUGGGCGUCUGCAGCUCCCAGACUGGAGAAACUACGCUUCCUAUUGGCCAAAGAAACUCUGCAGCACAUGAGAACCACAGAGAUGUGCCUGAACCGCAAGAAAGAUGGCAUCAGAGAAAGGAUGGGCAGCCUGUCUGGUAAAGUCAGCAGCCACAAAAAUCCUGGCUUUGUGUCUGAGAACAGCCAGCAGCAGGACACAGUGGACCAGCUGGAGCUGCAGUUCUAUGAAACCCAACUAGAGCUGUACGACACCAAGUUUGUGAUCCUGAAGCACGAGGAGCAGCUCCUGGUGGCUCAGAUAGACUCUGUGCGGCGGCAGAUCAAAGAGCUGAAGGAGGAGGUGGUGUACUAUGACGUGUGUGAGGAUCCCGAGGAGCUGCAGAGCAUAUUCCACACCAGUAUUCACCCAGCAGACUCUCCUGCUGCCAGUCAGCUCAAAAAGCGGCUACAGAACCUGGAGACCGAGAGAGGCAGCAUCUGUGCCCGGAGAGCUUAUCUCCGCAACAAAAAGGAUCAGUGCAUGGAGGCCCAUGAGAAGAAGCAGCUGCCAGCCAAGCAGAGCUCCACCCUCUACAACCAGCAUCACCAAGUCACACUGAAGAGAGAGAAGAGGAAAGAGGAGGACCAGAGGAGGAAACAGUGGGUCGACCAGGAGCGAGAGAAGACUCUGAGCAGAUUACGAUCCUUCAGAGAGAAGCGUCAGGGCCAGUUCAUCCUGAAGACUCCGCAGUCCUGGAUGUCUCCUCCAGAAGUCUCGUGUCCCUCCCAGCCGCUGUCAAUCAUCAGCAUCGGCCCCUCUGAGGGACCCUCCUCUGUCCGCCCAGCACCCAAGAAACGCAAUAAAACACCCAAAAUUCAGAAGCCCAAAGACAUCCCUGUCAAAAUCUUCUCUGCACCGCCACCUUCCACGACAACUUGUCCUACUGCACAUCCUCCUCCACCUCCUCCUCCCCCUCCUCCGCCACCUCCUCCACCACUGCCACCUGCAGUUUCUCCUCUUGUCCAGGCCUCACCUUCCUCUGAGGACAACCCGAUGCCUCUAAGUGAAAGAGAGGACCCCCCUUUUCCAGCCAAGAACAUGCUCAAACAAAAUAUAGGAACAAUGGAUGAAGUGUUGGCCUCGUUGCAGCGCGGACAGAUCCAGCUUCGAAAGGCCCCGACUCCCAGGAUGUCGCCCCUUGCUGAGGAUGCCAGAAGUUCUUUGAUGUCUGCCAUUAGACUGGGUGUCCCGCUGAAGAAGGUGGUUCCUUCACGUGCAGAAAGCCCUAAUAAUGGAGGAACUGAGCUUGAGCGCAGCAUCAGAGCUGCCAUGAUGAGGAUGAAGAAAGUGUCAGCCGACUCUGACGAGGAGGAGGACAGAAGAGACGACGACACACAGAGUACAGACUGGGACAGCUGAGACCGCGCGCACACACACACACACACACACUUUUAUCCCGAUGAAGCUGUUCUCUUAGAAUACCCCUGCUGUGUUUUUUCCUCAGUUCUAAGCUACAGCUUGUGUCACUGCCAAAUUUCAUCAAAAAAUGUCUUCUCUAAGAGGAUGUGAUUACACCUCCUCUUCUUGCAAAAUUGCAGUUUGUUGAGGUAGUUUGUUAAUAAUGAUUCCUUCCUUUAAUUCAGAACAACCCUGAAAAUUUGUAAUCCAUCUAAAAGUGCUCAAAUAAGAGCCAGGAAUUAGUUUCUCUUAUGCAGUUUGUUUGCAGAAAUCUCAAACUGAAUAAAUGAGGCUUUGUGCUUCAGCUCUCAUUUAGAAGAAAAGCCGAGCACUAGUGCUGUAGUACAAAGUGUGUAAAUGACUGCAUUUCUCCCAACUCUUCAUCUGAAAGCCUUUAGUGAGCCUGUCACACAGCAGGGGAAGCCUGAGCUGCAGGCAGAGACAACUACAGUACACCACUCCACUGUCGCUAACACUAAUUGUCCUGCAGUGCUGAGUCUCAACUCAGCUGACGUCUUUUAUUUUGAAUGUAGUCAACUCUGAGCAAAUGUAUUUGUAACCCGAUUUUUCCCCCACAAGGGCUAUAGUAGUUUUUUAGCUUAUUGCACAACAAAGGAACACUGAUGUCCAGAGGUGCAGCAGUGUUAAUUAUUCACAGCCUACAUGUCUGAAGUCUGCGUCAUUGUUUGUGCUACAGGCUGUUUGAUGCACUGUUCAGUCUCUGUGUUUAUUUUAUAUGGGAAACUGUGGGAAUGUAAUAUAAUAUAAAUAAACUGUUAUUUCCUCCCUUAUGCCAUAGAAAUCAAGUCAAAAUGAAGAAAGAUAGUUUUGCUUUUCUAAUAACAGUACCUUCUUUUGAACCCAGAAUUACUUUAGUUACUGUUCGCAGCUUGCUUUCUAAGCAUGGUUGAAACCUCAGCACAGCUGGCUGACUUGUGUAAGGAACAUUUGUGCACUUAUUUCCUUUAAACCUGUGACUCAGAGCACUUAACUUACCUGAAACCUAUGAAUAAAAGACUAGGAUGUAAUAUGUACAGAUGAACCAUACUGUAAGGCGAACAGCAUUAAAGGUUUGCUGUAAAAAUUAUGAAUCGCUACACUGUGUCAUACUGCAAAGAAACAUACUCCAAUGUGUUACCGAAGAGCUGAUGAGUACAGAGGCUCAACACACAAAGUUUUACUGCUGUGUUUUUAAAACAAAAUCAAAUACAUUUGAUCAUAAUCUUGGA